AUGACAUCAUCGCUUGCAGGAAAAGCUCUAGUGAAGCUAAUCAAGAGAUGGCCGUCUGUGAUCUCUAAGUCUGUUAUCACCCUUACCAACAAGUUGCAGGAUUCCAAUGCUGAGGAAUAUGCAGUGCUGGGUUCUUGUUCGGUCCUUGCCUCACAAACGGUUCUUAAACAGUUGACUACGAAAGCAAUUAAUGAGCUUUUUGUAAAGUACAACAUCCAAUUUUCUGGAGUAUCUAAAAGCUUUUUUAGGAUAUCAGACAAAGACAACCAUACUUGUGGACUGGGAUUUUCAGAUUUGGUUUCUCAAGUUGGCUCCAUGAGUUUUGAUUCCACUGGCUUGCAUUGGCGGUAUAAUUUAAUGGCUAACAGAGUUUUGCUCUUGCUAGCUUUGGCUUCUCGGAACCACCCAAAUUCAUCAACUAGACUCCUGAGUGAAACAGCUGGCCACUUUUUGAAGAAUUUGAAAAGUCAACUUCCUCAGACAAGGAUACUUGCAAUUUCGGCUUUGAAUACACUCUUAAAGAAAUCACCGUACAAGCUGUCACCUGGUGAGAAAUCUGCUGUACUCGAGGAUUUGCAAGGCAAUGCCAAGUCAUCCCUUGAAGAAGCUUUAACUCACACCUUUCAGGAAGAGGGUUUCUUCAACGAGACACUCAAUAGUCUUUCUCAUGUUCAUAUCAUAAGUGAUUCUGAAAGUGCUUCAGGAUGUUUUUCUGCUAUGAAGCUUUUUACAUUUUUGAAAGAAGCAACCUUGAUAUCUAUACACCAACAUCACAUGUAA